AUGGAAGAACUCAUCAAAACAAUUGGUAAUGGUGCCUUCUAUAAUAAUAACUACAACAACAACAUUGAAGCAUCAAUAGAACCAACAACAGUUUAUAACAAAAGUGAAACAGGCAUUAUUACUGUCGGUAAUGAUAUUAUUAAACAAGCUUUAGGCUCUGAAAAGGAAGAACAAGGAUUUGUUGACGUUGAAGGAUUCAGUGGUAGACUAGAACCAAAAGAAAAACAAAAACAAGAAGAAGAUCCCGUAAAGGCAUUUUUAGAACAAUGGAACCUUGAAGCUCCGGAUGUAUGUUGUGUAUGCCUAGAGGGUGCAACUAAUGUGGAAAAUAUAUUAGUGUAUUGUGAUGGACGGGAAUGCGAGGUGAUUUGUCACCAAGAAUGUUACGGCAUAACAAAAUUACCUGCUGAAGAAGAUCCUUGGUAUUGUGACAAAUGUCUUGCAAAACCAGCCGAAGUGGUGUCUUGCAUUUUAUGCCCAAAAAAAACUGGAGCAUUUCGUAGAUUGAGGGAAGAGGAAAGUUUCAAAACAAAUGCAUGGGUUCAUUUAGUUUGUGCUUUGUGGAUACCAGGAAUGUGGAUAGCCAAUACAUCAGAAUUAAAUGAGUGCUCAAUCAUUAAUGUUAAACAAGUAAAUUGGAAAAAGGAAUGUUGUAUAUGCCCUAAAGAACUUGCCAGUCAAGGUGCGACUGUUCGUUGUGAUGCAGGUGGUUGUAGAAAUUGGAUUCAUGUAACAUGUGCUCAGGCAUAUAACCUUUUGGAAUGUGUAGAAGAUUCUGAAAUGGCAGAUCCUUAUUUUGUUAGUUGUAAGGAUCAUGGUUCGCAAGCUGGAUCAAUUUGUUUGAACGAAUGGGAAAGAUGGAUUUUGAAACGUGAUAUAUUUUUAGAUAAAAUUAGAUCUGAAGAAUCACAACAAAGAACCUGUCAACUUACAAGUGACGAUAGUAGUAGUUGGUUAAUAGAGCAAGGGAAAAUACUUCGAGAAAUUUUUGAAGAUAGUUAUAGUGAAUAUCAGAAACGUCGAGAGAUACAAAUAACCAAACUUAAAAAAUCGAUUGCACAAUCAUAUUCGAGUUAUAAACAAGAUAAGGACAAUCUUGAUAAAGCAAAGAAAGAUAUUGAAUUACUGUAUCAAAAUACAUUAACAGCAAAAUCAGAAACUAUUGAAUUAGUAAAAUAUUUUAAAAAGUUAAUACUUGGAGUAGAUAUGUUUGUUGAAAAGAUGAUUAGAAAAGACAUCGAAAACAGUGAUAUCAAAUCUGAUAAAAAGAAUAAUAGCACAACUAAUCCCAUUGUUAAUAAUGACACAAAUACCAACAAAACAAACCAAUAUACUUUCAUUGAAUAUCCAACUUACAAAGGAGCAGGAAAUCAAAUGAACGAAGGAAUAUUCAUGAGAGCAUUAAUUGAGAUUCGACAAUUAUUAACUAAAUUACCAAACUCCAUAUCAGAUUGGAAUAGUGAUAGUGUGGAAGAAGCAAAAGCAAUUAAUGUUAAAAAGUUGGGUAACUUUGAAGGAAUUGAAUCAUUACGAUUAAAUAAUGCACAAAAAAACAAUGAUAAUCUAAAAAAUAUUCAACAACAAGUUCGAUCAUCAUCAUCCUCUACUAUAACGAAUUCAAAAACAUUACAAUUAGUAGAUAAUCUUACUAAUCAAUUAAAAAAAGCAUAUUAUACUGGUAAAGUGCCAUAUACUGCAGCUAGAACGAGAUCAAUCGAUGCAGACAAUGAAGAUGGCAAAGAUUAUGGAUCUUUUGAUGGUUAUAAUAUGAAUGGUUAUAAUAGUAAUAAUAGACCGAAAAUCGUUUAUGGUAAUAUAUUUACUGCAUUAGUAGAUGGUGAUGUUAGGUUUUUGGCACCCAUAGCUAGUAAUAAUGCAAUUAGAAGCAGCAACAGUGGCAGCAGAAUUGAACCACCAGAUCAUAAUCAAACACCACUAUUUUACGCUCACUUUAAAAAAUCUUCUUCUACAAUGAUAGAAAAGAAAGGUAAAGAUAUAACUAACCGAAUGCUUAGAUGUAAUUUUUGUAAAAAAUGGAAUCAUCUUGCUUGUAUGAAUCCGCCUAUAAAAACUAUUCCUAACGGCGGAUUUGUUUGGAGAUGUGAUGAAUGUGGUCCAAUUGAUGCAAAUGCAAUUGAUCCGCUUGAUGAACUUAUUGCUAAAGGUAAACAUCAACUAGAACAAGAAGGUGACAAUUAUAAUAAUUGUAAUUUAUCCAAAACUCCAAAAAGAUGGAAACUUAGGGAAAAAGCAAGAAUAUCAUAUGCAUAA